AAAGAGUUGGAGAAAAUUCAAAAGGAAGGCAAAGAACUCGACCGGCUAGAAGAGGAGCUUAUCCAAAAGGAGAAAAAAGCUCCUUGGAAUGUGGAUACAAUCAGCAAACCUGGCUUCGAAAAAACUGUCUUAAAUAAACAAGCUGUGCGAAAAUCAGACGAGAAUCUCACAGAAGAAGAAAAAGAAGCACGAAUGAAGAAAUUUGUUAAAGAAAAUGAAAAGUUAUGCAAACAGUAUGGUAUGCUACGUAAAUACGACGAUUCCAAACGCUUCCUUCAACAACAUUUGGAUCUUGUAUGUGAGGAAACCGCAAAUUACUUGGUCAUUUGGUCCAUUAAUUUGGAAAUGGAAGAAAAACAUGACCUAAUGGCACAUGUUGCGCAUCAGUGCAUCUGUAUGCAAUACAUAUUAGAACUGGCAAAGCAAUUGGAAAUUGACCCACGUGCCUGUGUUAGUUCGUUCUUCUCGAAAAUCCAAAACUGCGUCCCCGAGUACAGAGAACAGUUCGAAAAUGAAAUUGAAGGUUUCAAGGGCCGCAUAAGGAAACGAGCGCAGGAGAAGAUUCAGGAAGCAUUAGUUGAAGCGGAGGAAGAAGAGAGGAAGGCGCGACUCGGGCCUGGUGGACUGGAUCCAGCCGAGGUGUUUGAGACGCUGCCAGAGAGCCUGCAAAAAUGCUUUGAAUCGCGCGACAUAGAGCUGUUGCAAAAAGCCAUUGCCGAAUUACCAGUCGAGGAAGCCAAAUAUCAUAUGAAGCGUUGUGUCGACUCCGGUCUGUGGGUGCCAAAUGCAGCAGAUGCCGAAAUUGGUGCCACAGAAGAGAAGGAUGCCGAAGCCGACGUUGAAAAUGCAGAUAAUGGUAAAUUUAAGAGUGUUGCUGGUGGUGGCAAGUUGGAUAAAACGGCUGAAGAACCAAUAUACACAGGAGUUAAUAGCGAUGAUUUGGAUUGAUUGUACGUUGAUAAGGGAAAAUAAAAUGGCACCAGUUGUUUCGCCUUGAGUGGCAGCGAAUGGACGAUAUUAAUUAAAAAAAAAA